AUGCUUGGAGGCUCCCUCAACCGCCCGUUCCACCAGGCGUCGGCAUCCGUGGUGAAUCCGCCCCCGUCCCACUCCUCGUCCAUUGACAUCAACUACUCGCCCAAACACGCGCGCAAACCAACCCUGUUCGCCAGCAACCGCAACAUGAAGAACCUCUCGUUGAACUUCGCGUACCCGUCGCCUCAGCCGUCCUCCAACUACACCACCACCCUCCUCUCGCCUGCAUCGGACUUGCCGUUCAACAAGCCCUCCCUCCCCCGAAGAAAAACAUUGACGUUGUCCAUCCCAUCCAACGAGAUCACCACCGUGUUGCUGGUGCCGUCCAAGGAUCCAGCACCAGCCUUGGUCACUCCCGCCGUCACCAAGACUCCGUUGGUGCCGCCGUACGUCCCGCGCCCACGCGGGAGACCGUCGCCUGCCACCGACUCCGACGCCAUCACCACUGCGCUCACAGAGCCACCAAAACACCCCUACGCCUACUACGACUACGGUGCUGCCACUCCCGUGUCGUCCUCGUCAUCCACCUCCACCUCCACAGCCACAGCCAAAUCGGCCGUGCAUCCCGACCAAAACCACACCACCCCACAGAUCGCACUCUCCAAGAAGUACCUCCUCCCUGAAGAGCUCCAGGAGUCCAACCAGCUCAACGCAUAUCCCACAGGGCCGCGAAACGUCUACAACAACACGAUCUUCUUGUACCUGGAUCCCACGUUUAAUCCCGACACCAAGAAGCCGCGAGGCCUGGUGGGCCAGGUGGACAUCAACGCGUACGACUUGGUGAUCAACGUGGCCAAAGAGUGCCAGGACUUGAGCUCCCAGUUCACCAACCAGAUCCCUGGCAGAAAGGAGUACUUAUACGUGCCGUGGUCGCACACGUCGUCGAUCUCGCGCGAUCUCCCCAGUCUCACGGCCAAAAUCCAGCAGUUUAGCGACCAGGGACUCAAGAUCUUGGUCCACUGUCAGUGUGGAGUGUCACGGUCCGCAUGUGUCAUUGUGGCGUUUUUCAUGCAGAAAUUCAGCAUAGGAGUCAACGAAGCUUACGAAUUAUUAAAGUCUGGCACCGAGGUCGACGUGCCUGGUGGAGUCAACAAAAUGAUAGGGGAUAAAGGAAAUAACAUAGAUGCUUGUGAUAGAAUAUGCCCUAAUAUGAGCCUCAUUUUUGAGUUGAUGGAGUUUGGAGACUUCUUGUCGGGAGUGAGCAAGAAAGAGGUUAUGUAA